GGCCGGGCGUUUCCUGGCGCAUUCCCGGCCCGCCCGAGUGACUCGAUCCAGCAGGAAACUCCCAUUGCCCACAAGGGACCCCCGAGCCGCCGCCGCGGACCCAGGCCAGGAUGGCGGCCCAGGUGACCCUGGAGGACGCACUGUCCAACGUAGAUCUCCUGGAAGAGCUGCCUCUGCCCGACCAGCAGCCCUGCAUCGAGCCCCCACCAUCCUCACUGCUCUACCAGCCGAAUUUCAACACUAACUUUGAAGACAGAAAUGCAUUUGUCACCGGUAUCGCAAGAUACAUUGAACAAGCGACUGUUCAUUCUAGCAUGAAUGAAAUGCUGGAGGAGGGCCAGGACUAUGCUGUCAUGCUGUACACCUGGAGGAGCUGUUCUCGGGCCAUCCCACAGGUUAAAUGUAACGAGCAGCCUAAUAGAGUGGAAAUUUAUGAGAAAACUGUGGAGGUCCUUGAACCUGAAGUCACGAAACUGAUGAAUUUUAUGUACUUCCAGAGAAAUGCCAUCGAGCGUUUCUGUGGGGAGGUGAGGCGCCUGUGUCACGCGGAAAGGAGGAAGGACUUUGUGUCUGAAGCCUACCUGAUCACGCUGGGCAAGUUCAUCAACAUGUUUGCAGUGCUGGACGAGCUCAAGAACAUGAAGUGCAGCGUGAAGAACGACCACUCGGCCUACAAGAGGGCUGCUCAGUUUUUACGGAAAAUGGCAGACCCACAGUCCAUCCAGGAGUCUCAGAACCUGUCCAUGUUCCUGGCCAACCACAACAAGAUCACACAGUCUCUGCAGCAACAGCUGGAAGUGAUUUCCGGCUACGAAGAGCUCCUGGCCGACAUCGUGAACCUGUGCGUGGACUAUUACGAGAACAGGAUGUACCUGACGCCCAGUGAGAAACACAUGCUUCUCAAAGUCAUGGGGUUUGGUCUGUACUUGAUGGAUGGGAGUGUCAGCAAUAUCUAUAAACUAGACGCCAAGAAAAGAAUAAACUUGUCCAAAAUCGACAAGUUCUUCAAGCAGCUCCAGGUGGUUCCACUCUUCGGGGACAUGCAGAUAGAACUAGCAAGAUACAUCAAGACCAGCGCCCACUACGAGGAAAAUAAAUCUCGGUGGACCUGCACGUCUUCCAGCAGCAGCCCCCAGUACAACAUCUGCGAGCAGAUGCUCCAGAUCCGCGAGGACCACAUGCGCUUCAUCUCGGAGCUGGCGCGUUACAGCAACAGCGAGGUGGUCACAGGCUCGGGCCGCCAGGAGGCUCAGAAGACAGACGCUGAGUAUCGGAAGCUCUUUGACCUGGCCCUGCAGGGUUUGCAGCUGCUGUCUCAGUGGAGUGCGCACGUGAUGGAAGUGUACUCCUGGAAACUUGUGCACCCAACGGACAAGUAUUCCAACAAAGACUGCCCCGACAACGCCGAGGAGUACGAGCGGGCCACCCGCUACAACUAUACCAGCGAGGAGAAGUUCGCCCUUGUGGAGGUGAUCGCCAUGAUCAAGGGCUUGCAGGUGCUGAUGGGCAGGAUGGAGAGCGUGUUCAACCAUGCCAUCCGGCACACUGUCUACGCCGCCCUGCAGGACUUCUCCCAGGUGACGCUCCGGGAGCCGCUGCGGCAGGCCAUCAAGAAGAAGAAGAACGUCAUUCAGAGUGUCCUGCAGGCUAUCAGGAAGACCGUGUGCGACUGGGAGACAGGGCAUGAGCCCUUCAACGACCCAGCCCUCCGGGGCGAGAAGGACCCCAAAAGUGGCUUCGACAUUAAAGUGCCCCGCCGCGCCGUGGGACCCUCCAGCACACAGCUGUACCUGGUGCGCACCAUGGCGGAGUCCUUGAGCUCUGCUGAGCUGCUGUGGCAGCUCAAGUCUCUGGGCAUGGCAAGGCUGUUGCAUGCAGUUAACGCGUUUCUGAGGCAGUCCUACAUCUAUCCACCUCUUUUAACCUUUGGUGGUAAGACAUCGUUUGUUUAUCUUGUUGAUGUUCACGGCACGGAGGUGAAGGGCUCCACUGCAGGUCCUUUCUCCCGAGCAACAGCAGCGUGGCCGCUCAGGUGGCACCAGGCCCCUGGAGGAGCCAGAGGGCAGCCCGGCUCAGGUCGGGGCGUCGCGGAGCAGCCCUGUGGGCAGCAGUUCGGUGCGACUAAUAUACCGUGUGUGUUUUCUCCCCCACGAACGGUUCCCUGGAUAACGCAGCUUUACAUGGUGAGAACCAUGCUAGAGUCCCUCAUUGCAGAAAAAAGUGGUUCCAAGAAAACCUUGAGAAGUAGCCUUGAGGGGCCCACGAUAUUGGACAUAGAAAAAUUCCAUCGAGAGUCAUUCUUCUACACUCACUUGAUAAAUUUCAGUGAGACGCUUCAGCAGUGUUGCGACCUCUCCCAGCUGUGGUUCCGAGAGUUCUUCUUGGAGCUCACCAUGGGCCGGAGGAUCCAGUUCCCCAUUGAGAUGUCCAUGCCCUGGAUCCUGACCGACCACAUCCUGGAGACCAAGGAGGCGUCCAUGAUGGAGUAUGUCCUCUACUCUCUGGACCUGUACAACGACAGCGCCCACUACGCCCUCACGAGGUUCAACAAGCAGUUUCUUUACGAUGAAAUCGAGGCCGAGGUGAAUCUAUGCUUUGACCAGUUUGUUUACAAGUUGGCAGACCAGAUAUUUGCAUAUUAUAAGGUGAUGGCCGGAAGUUUGCUUCUUGAUAAACGGUUACGAUCUGAAUGCAAGAAUCAAGGGGCAACGAUCCACCUCCCGCCUUCGAACCGCUAUGAGACGCUGCUCAAACAGAGGCAUGUGCAGCUCCUGGGCAGGUCCAUAGACCUCAAUCGCCUAAUUACUCAGCGUGUCUCAGUGGCCAUGUAUAAGUCCCUGGAGCUGGCUAUUGGACGAUUUGAAAGUGAAGACCUGACAUCGGUAGUUGAGCUGGACGGCCUCUUGGAAAUCAACCGCAUGACCCACAAGCUGCUGAGCAGGUACCUGUCACUGGACAGCUUUGAUGCCAUGUUCCGGGAGGCCAACCACAACGUGUCCGCACCCUACGGGAGAAUCACCCUCCACGUCUUCUGGGAACUCAACUACGACUUCCUGCCUAACUACUGCUACAAUGGGUCCACCAACCGAUUUGUUCGGACAGUGUUACCAUUCUCUCAAGAAUUUCAAAGAGACAAACAGCCAAAUGCACAACCCCAGUAUUUGCAUGGGUCCAAGGCCCUGAACCUGGCCUACUCGAGCAUUUACGGCAGCUACCGGAACUUCGUGGGGCCUCCACACUUCCAGGUCAUCUGCCGGCUGCUUGGCUACCAGGGCAUCGCGGUGGUCAUGGAGGAGCUGCUGAAGGUUGUCAAGAGCCUGCUGCAAGGCACGGUCCUGCAGUACGUGAGGACGCUGAUGGAGGUGAUGCCCAAGAUCUGCCGCCUGCCCCGGCACGAGUACGGCUCCCCAGGCAUCCUGGAGUUCUUCCACCACCAGCUGAAGGACAUUGUGGAGUACGCGGAGCUGAAGACCGUGUGCUUCCAGAACCUGCGGGAAGUGGGCAACGCCAUCCUCUUCUGCCUGCUCAUCGAGCAGAGCCUGUCUUUAGAAGAAGUCUGUGACCUGUUGCACGCAGCCCCCUUUCAGAACAUCCUGCCGAGGGUCCAUGUGAAAGAGGGAGAGAGACUUGAUGCCAAGAUGAAGCGACUAGAAUCAAAGUACGCCCCCCUGCACCUUGUCCCUCUGGUCGAAAGGCUGGGGACCCCUCAGCAAAUUGCCAUAGCGAGAGAGGGGGACUUGCUGACCAAGGAGCGUCUCUGCUGUGGCCUGUCCAUGUUCGAGGUCAUUCUGACUCGGGUCCGGACCUUCCUGGAUGACCCGAUCUGGCGUGGACCUCUGCCCAGCAAUGGGGUCAUGCAUGUGGACGAGUGUGUCGAGUUUCACAGACUGUGGAGUGCCAUGCAGUUUGUCUACUGCAUCCCUGUGGGGACACACGAGUUUACAGUCGAGCAGUGUUUCGGAGACGGGCUCCACUGGGCUGGCUGUAUGAUCAUCGUUCUCCUCGGGCAGCAGCGGCGCUUUGCUGUCCUGGAUUUCUGCUACCAUCUGCUGAAAGUCCAGAAGCAUGACGGCAAAGAUGAGAUUAUCAAAAACGUGCCUUUGAAGAAGAUGGUGGAGAGAAUUCGCAAAUUCCAGAUUCUAAAUGAUGAGAUAAUCACCAUCUUGGACAAGUACCUGAAGUCAGGCGACGGGGAGAGCACACCUGUGGAGCAUGUUCGCUGCUUCCAGCCACCGAUCCACCAGUCCCUGGCCAGCAGCUGAGGACACACGUGUCACCUGAUGCUGGAGUCCGGUCCUAACUGCUUUCUGUAACUAUAGGGCAUGUUUCUUUUCAUAAACUAGGGAGAUUUUUAGGGACUAUUUGUCCAUGUCUCUGUACCUGUUAAAGGCGGUGCUUUUCAAUCUGAAAGCUUAAUUUUAUAAAAUUGACUUAUUUUUCUAGACUAAAAUUGUAUAUGCUUUUGGUAAUUAGGGAGUCAGGUUACUGGCUGCUGGUUGUUGCCAUUGUGUUUAGUUAUUUUCCAUUUUUCCAUGGAAUGUCAGCAAGUGCUGCUGAGUUCACCCGUUGGCCCCUCAGCAAAGGAUCAGUGAUGUUUAGGGAAAGAUUUAUGAACAUCAGCAGGAAACACAGUGCCCGCUAACUGUAAUAAAAUCCGUUACUAAUUAGAAUCGAAGUUAAUAAUUACUUAGCUUUUGUGGAGGGAUUUUUCUAAUGGUCUUUCACGAAUUCUAAGUCAUUGUUCCCUUCCCUUUUUUAUGUCAAGUCUUUCAGAAAAUACUGAGCUUGACUCCUGUUUCUACUAAACCCAGCUGUAACAAAGUCUCAUUUGCGAGGAAUGAUUUAAAGGUUAUAGAAAUAAAACAAAUAAAGUGUAUUUGCGGUCAUUCAUUCAUUAUGGCCCGGUGUACCCUGGCUUGG